CUUAAAAAUUUACUAUACACAUGAUGUAGAGAUGGCGCCACACGAAGUAUAAUAUGUAUAAAACUAAGCGAUGUAUUAUACUGUACAAUACCAAGUAUAAUACAAUGUAAAAUACCUCACGUAUAAUACGUGCCCAACCCUGGGGCUGGGGUAUCCUGUAUCGGAGUGGAAUCCACCGAAUUGAGGGUUUCGGUGGAAACCAGACCACUGUGUAUAUUUUUGUUCAUUUUCUCUCUUAUAUUUAAAUUGUAUUUUAAAAAACAAUGAGCUUAUUUGGUGUAAGCAGAUACGAAGGAGAAAGUAAGGAGGAGGUAAAAGACCAACAACCUGAUCAUCUUUCGGAAUUGUUGCAGAGAAUAGAAGAACGUAAAAGACAAAGAGCUGCCGCGAAUAACAAGUCAGAUGUGGCUAAGAGCAAUUUAGAUAAACCAAAGAAAAAAAAGAGAAAACUAUCUAAUAAAGAAGAAUGUAGUGAUGCACACAAUGAGAAUAAAACCAACACUGAGACAGUCAAUGAGCAAACUGACAAAGUAUCGUCAAAAAAGAAAAAGAAGAAAAAACUUAUUCAUUUCAAUGUAGCAAAAGAAAAUGAAAAAGUGGAAGAAACUGAUAACGGAAACUUAGCAACAGAUACUGAGAAUAUUAGUGAGAAAAAAUCUGCUGAAAAGGAUGAAAACAAUUUCAUAAUAUUAGGUGCAAAAGCUCACAAAAAGCAACGUGGAGUUAAGAGAGUAUUGCCAGAUUGGCUGGCGCAUCCUGAAGUUGUGUCUGCCAACUUGAAGAAUGGAUCUUCCUUCAAGGAAUUAAAAUCAAUCUUGGACGCCAAACUUAUUGAAGUUUUAAAAGCAAAUGGUAUCAAGAAGUUAUUUCCAGUUCAAUCCAGUAUAAUAAAAUGGUUACACAAGUGCAGUAUUGACAGAAAAUUAGGAUUGUGGCCCAGAGAUACUUGUAUAUCUGCCCCUACAGGCAGUGGCAAGACUCUGGCUUAUGUGUUGCCAAUUGUUCAGGACUUGCAGACGCGAUUAGUACCAAAAAUCCGCUGCUUAGUUGUUCUACCGGUGCAGGAACUGGCUGCACAGGUUCACAAAGUAAUGGUCACCUAUACAUCUCACACGAAUUUGAAAGUAAGCUUACUUUCGAGCGCAUUUCCCUUCGAACAAGAGCAAACAAAUAUAAUUAAAAAAACUGAAAAUGGAGAUUAUUUGUCUUUGGUGGAUAUCGUAAUCGCAACGCCCGGACGUCUGGUGGAUCACGUAUUGAAGACGGAUGGAUUUUCUUUGGAUUCUCUGAAGUAUCUUGUUAUCGAUGAGGCCGACCGGGCGGGAGAAUGGUUGCAAUAUUUAUCCGCACCUCAUUCCCAAGCACCCGCUUUGACACUUGAAACAUUACUUUCGAGCGGAACUAAACCGGCUCAAAAGCUAUUGUUCAGCGCGACCUUGUCGCAGGAUCCUGAAAAGUUGAGCCGAUUGAGCCUCUUUCAUCCGAUACUAUUCACAACCGUUGUGACCGAUAGAGACACCGAUGUGAAUCUGGACAAGCUCGCGGGUGAUUUUGUCGGACGAUACACGAGUCCGGGAGAACUGACGGAACUCGCGAUGGAAUGUCCUCUCGAGUACAAACCAAUUAUCUUGUACCGUUUGUUGACGAGACACGAUAUUAUCUCGAAAACUCUCGUUUUCACAAAUUCCGGACAUACCGCUCACAGAUUAGCCUUGUUGAUGCAACUGCUCCUGUCGGAAUGGAAACUUCCUGUCGCGGUCGGGGAAUUAUCCGCUCAGCUCACGGCGAAACAGCGCGAAAGCAUUCUCGGCAAAUUCGCAAGCGGAGACAUACACGUACUGAUAAGCACAGACGCGUUGGCAAGAGGUUUGGAUAUUGCGGACGUGCAAAUGGUUGUAUCUUACGACGUUCCGAAGCACAUCAAGAAUUACAUACAUCGAGCCGGUAGAACCGGACGGGCGGGAAAACCGGGUACCGCGGUGUCGAUACUUGCCCCGAAUCAGAUCGGGAUGUUCAAGCAAAUGUUAAACGGCGCGCAUAAAACCGUGCCGGAAAUAGAGCGAACCGAAUCGGAAGAACUGAACGCCACGCUCAACACGGUCAACUACAAGCGUCACAUUGCGACGUUGCAGAAAACGCUUUUGAUCGAAAAGAACGAAAAUCUGGAACGAACGAAGGCCACGAAGCGAAGACGCGCAACAAAUUUGAAUAAACGAUUUAAAAUGUAGAAAUAAUUUUUUUAUAUAGAAAAAAUUGUUCAUAUAAGAAAAAAACACACAAUAAAGCCAUUUUGUGCGUGUAGUCUGUA